CCAAUAAUAAAAUUGGUAGGCACCUACAAAACCGAGAGCAAGCUACCCACACCCAACCUUUUCUUCUUUCACCACCCACAAAAAAACUAGAUGGGGUGGCUUCAAUCCCUCUUCUCCCCAUUGAAGAAGCUCUGGUUCCGCCUCCACACCACUUCCAACAACAGAAGAGGGAUAUACAUUUUGUACGAUGAUGUGAAGUCGUGCUCGUACGAGGAUGUUCAUGUUCUGUGGUCGAUACUGGUUGAGGCCAAUUCCCCUCACAUUCUGCAGCCGCCGCCGCAGCCAUCAAAGCAAUGAGCAGGGGAAGUGAACAUCGAAAAACACUCUUCAUACCAGUACAGAUUGCAGAACUGAAUCAUGGUGAUGGCGGAAAUGAGACACACAUCCGAGCUUAACCCACUCUUAUCUUUUUGUACAUAAUGAUUAUAUCGUGUAUUUAUAAUUGUGUUUUAUUACUAUAUACACAAACACCCCCCAUCUUUUUUGGUUCUUCCUCUGUUUCCUCUGUUUUUUGGGCUUUCCCAUGCCCUUGUUUGUGAGUUUAAGCUUCUUGUCACGGUAUGAACUUACAUACUAGAGAAGAGAGAACAAAACAACAAACCUUUCUUGUAUAUCCUUUCUUCUGGCGUUUUUGGGAUUUUCCAUGGGAGCAAUGCUUAAACGGAAAUGAAAACCCUAAAAGGGGCAUUGGAUGAACGGAAAUUUGGUGGGGUG